GAGGGAUCUCCUCCCGUUAUUUUUUUACUGUGGCCUCUCCUCCCGUUAUUUGGAAGAAGAAAAUAAGCCGCCCGCCUCUCAAAUCAAAACCAAAAACAAGCCCAGCGGAAGAAGCCCAAGCGCGGGAUAGCGGAUGUCCAGCGUCUUCCAAUUCUGGGGUUGCUUGUGUAAAACAAAAUGACGGAGGAAGAAAAGACACAGUAUACAUCCUUCUAGUGAAAGAAUGGAAGCCAUCACAUCUGGGCGCAAUCAGUUAAAGCACCAGUUUAAACCUGGGGACACUGCAUGGAUCAAGAUCCAUUACAAUUCAUGGUGGCCUGCUCAGAUCGUUGAUGAGAAAACUGUGGGUCAUAAACCCAAAAAGAAGGCAAAGGAUGAAAUUUUGGUUCGGCAGUAUGGAACUUAUGAAUACUUGUACAUGGACCCUUGGAAAAAUAGUUCUGAGUUUGAGAAAUUUCUUAAGCAAGAAAAUUGCGAUGCUGGAGGAGCAUUCCAGAAAUCUCUGGAGGAGGACCUUUUAUGCCUGAAAUCAGCUGGCAAGUCUAAGAGAAAAGUUUCUAAAUCUAAAGAAAAUUUUAUGGUUGAAGCUCUUAAAGUCAAAAAACAAAAACAAGAUAAGAUACAGAGAAACCGGGAAGCAAUUGGACCUGUCUCUCCUGGGUGUCCUUCAGAUAAAUUAAAAAAAGUGAGAGCAGAGCAGGGCAAAGACAAGUCCAGGGAUGAAUCUCAGACAGGUUUAAAGAUAAAUCAAGAUAAUGUAAGAAAACCAAUGAUAGCAGAGAAAGGCAGAGCAGCAGGUUCUAAAAUCAGAAGUACAAAGCAAUAUAAUUUAAGACAGCCAAAGCAUGACAAUGUUGAGAAACAGGUGAAAGGAAAUGUUAAAGGUGAAGCUUUCAAAGACAAAGGAGUGGAGCAAGGGGAGGUACGAAAGAAGAACGUGGUAGACAAGGAAAAAUGUGGAACUUCUAAAAUGAAAAACACAAAUCAAGAUGGUUCAAGGCAGAUGAAGCUUAAUGAUGUUAAGGAGCAGGUAACAUUAAUGGUUAGAGACGAAGCUUUGACAAGAAAAAAUAUAAAGCGAUAUAUUUUCAGAAAUCGGAAGCAUAAAGAUGUUAAAAACCAGGUAAGCAUCGGACAAAGUAAGGAAGGCAGGCAAGAUGUGGCACGAAAGGCUGUCAAUGGAGGUUCAAAAGUCGAAAUGAUGAAACAAGAUUGUUUAAGAAAAUUAAAGCGUAAGUAUGAUAAGGAAGAGAGAACAGAAAAGGAUGGAGAUAAAAUUUCCAAAUGCAGCAAGAAAAAACAACGUAAAGAAGGAAGGUCAAGUGUGAUAGAGAAUGCAACAGAUGGAGUUUCUGAAGUCAAAAAUGUAAAGCAAAUGGGAUCAGGACUACCAAAGCAUGAUGGCACUAAAGAACAUCAUAUUGAGAGUCCUUGCUCUACCAAGUAUGGCACACCGCAAGAAACAGGUGGUCUUAGUGCAAGGAGAACUAGAGUGAUGCAAAGUCUGGGCCUAAUCGCUCCAUUAGGGUCCCCAUUCCGCAGAAAUGGAUUGGUGGAAGCUGCAAUGCUGAAACUUUGAUUACUGUCUAGAGGAGUUGGUUUUAGCUAAUGACAAAUGUAUAGCUAAUGCAAGGUACUGUGGUACAGACUACAGAGUGCUGCCGUGCCGGAAUGUCACUAUUUAAGACCGAGCAUGAUAUCCAUGUCUAUAGCACGAAAACCAAAAUGAAAAGUCUGGAUCCUAUCUGAAACUUAUGCAAAACAUGGGUACCAAAUUUAAAUAGUACCAAAUUUAUUUGCUUUGUUUUUUGACUUUCUUCUGAAUUUCUAUUUACGUUAAAUAUUUUUAAAUUGAAACUUUGAAAUUGAAGUUGAAA